ACUUUGGUUCAAGCAUAGCCAGAAGAGAAAAAAACGUGAAAAGAAAAAAAGAAUCAUGGGCUCCUUUCCCACUUCCAAGAUCGCUAUUAUAGAUUUCAGCAGGGAGGACUUGAAACCAGGCUCUAAUUUUAUGGUUGUCUACAUGCCAAGAUGUAUGCAACGCACUUGCAGAGUGUGGUUGCUUUGUAGCCGUGUAUGAUAAAGUGCCUGCAGAACUUGACAAUGCAAUUUUCGAUGCUUCAACACAGUUGUUUGGUCUCCCUACCGAGAUCAAAAGAAAAAAUCUCAACAGCAAGCCAUUUCAUGGCUAUGUAGGGGAAAUGGCUGCCGUCCCUCUCCAUGAAGGUCUUGGGAUAGACUAUGUUACAGACAUGGAGGAAGCUCAAAACUUCACUAAUCUUAUGUGGCCUGAUGGGAAUGAUCAUUUCUGCAAAACUGUUUAUUCAUACUCAAAAAAUGUAGCUGAACUGGAUCAAAUGGUGGUGAGGAUGAUACUUGAGAACUUUGGCAUAGAGAAGUACUAUGAAUCUCAUGUUGAGUCAACCUCGUACCUUCUUCGAUUUUUGAAAUAUCUAGCACCAGACACGCCUGAUCAAGCAACACAGGCAUUUCCUUGUCAUACUGACAAGACAUUCUUCUCAAUACUUCACCAAAAUCAAGUAAAUGGUUUAGAAGUAAAAACAAAAAAUGGUGAAUGGGUUGGAUUUGAUCUCACUCCUUCAAGUUUUGUCGUUAUGGCCGGUGAUGCAAGCAAGGCAUGGAGCAACGGUAGAAUACAUUCAUGUGAGCAUCGAGUCACCAUGUGCGGGACAGAGACCAGAUACACACUUGGCCUAUUUUCUUUCAUUGGUGGAACCGUAAAUAUACCAGAAGAACUUAUUGACAAUGAGCAUCCACUAAAAUACAAGCCAUUUAAUAAUGUGGCAAUGGUUCAAUUUUAUGCAGCAAAAGGCCGAGUAAAUGCAUACAGCCUUGAAGCUUUCUGUGGCAUCUAAGACUUUUCUGGCAAUUUUCAAGUUGUCUAGGAUCUA